ACGACACUAGAGAGUGUCGGGCAAAGAAACGCAUAUUUUGCAGUAGCUGCGGCACAUUGGGGGUACUCAGCACGAAUUGCUGUAAAAAGAAGAGCGAGUGGGGAAAACCACAGCCAAUAGGAGCCGCCCGCGACGAGGACAACGGCGACAAUAGGCAGUUCAUCAACAUGUCCAUAAACGGAACAACGUACAGUUGCCUAAUAGAUACAGGAUCAACACACACGUACAUAAAUGAAACGGUAUAUAAAGCGUGCAAAGAAAAGAAAAGCCAAGAGCAAGAAACAAAACGAAGGAUCAUCCUCGCAAACGGCACGAGAGCUCAAGUACGGACAAGCAUACGAGUAGAAAUGGAGAUAAAAAACAGAAGGCUCCAGCACUGGGUGCGUGUGAUGCCCAUGGCAUCAGCCAUAAUCAUAGGGAUGGAUUUGCUAACAAGAUUAGGUGUGAAAAUCACGUGGCCUAGUACACAGGAUGAAACAAACAGCCACCAUGAUGAAGCACAAGGAUCAGCACCAUGCCAGACAACGGCACAUCCAGAAACAGAGAGUCCAAAGCCGCGAACAGUAACAGAACUAUUAAUUGAUCCACAACAACAAAAGUUAACGGAACCGCAAAAAGCAGAAUUGGAAGAAAUACUAAAAACCGAAUUCAGGAAAUGCGACGCCAGCCCGAAGGGAAAUACAUGCGUCCAGCAUAAGAUAAGGAUGAAGCAUAACGAGACCGUCAAGCAGAAAUAUUACCCCAGGAACCCCAGGCAACAACAGUACCAAUUCGAUAUAAGAUAUAGAAACGAAAAGCAGAACCAGGUAGCGGACGAAUCAUCAUGGAGCCCAGUAUACGCCAGCCAGCCAGCGCUGCUGCACAGCGCAACAACCAGUCAAGGCUGGUACGGAAGAAAAUUACUACAAACACAAAAUUAUCCAGAUACAACACAAGAAUACCGCGUCGAAGGGGGAAAACUAUACAGAAAAAUAAUCAACCGAAAAAGCAACACACAUACGGAUCCAGACACGGAAUGGAAAUUAUGUGUACCGGAGGCCAGGAGGUCACAGAUAAUGGGGCAAUACCAUGACACGCCGAGUGCCGGACACCUAGGCAUAGCUAAAACCACUAGAAAAGUUAUGCAACGAUAUUACUGGCCCGGAAUGCAACGUGAAAUAUACAAAUACGUAAAAAAAUGCAACGCCUGCCAGAAACGUAAAACAAUGCAACAAAACACUCGAAACCUUGAUAGCAAUAGGUAUAUGACAAAACCACAACGGGAUACUCGUAAAUACCUAUCGGAAUUUAACUUCUCCCUAAACACGCCAAUUCAUGAGUCGACCAAAUACACUCCAGCAUUGGCCAAGAUACCUACGAAAAUUAAAGCUAAACGCAAAUAUACAUCCCAUUUCAUAGGUACCAACAACCAACCGGCGGCAAUAAUAUCAUAACCAGCAAAUAACACAAAACCUCGAAAUCAUAUUUUUGCAGUUAGGUCAAGGAAAAUAUUUGGAUAUUUACCUAAAUAAAAGUUAUCACAGUAAACAAAUAACUAAAGUUUAGAAACGAAUCGAUAUCGCAUCACGAGUGGUUCAACCGAAAUGUACCUAUCCUUAUUUAAAAAGUAAAUAGUUUUGUUUUAA